AUGGCAAAAAGCGUCAAGCAACUACGCUCGAUGCUUAGUUCGUACUGUCAGCAUCACCCCGGAGUGAAGAAGCUGGGCAUCGUGAGGCGAAGUGUGAUGUCAUCAUCGUGGUCAUCGAUGUCGUACGUGGUCGUACUCAUAACGAAUGACGAGACGUUCUUGACACUGGACGUCAACGACUGGAAGGACGACAAUGACUACGAACCAUACAGAAAUCGACAAAUUACAAAUCCGAACAGUACUGUUGGAACCUUGAUUCACAUGGUUAAGGGGUCUCUUGGAACGGGUAUAAUGGCUAUGCCACUAGCAUUCAAGAAUGGAGGUCUCAUAUUCGGAUCAAUAGGAACCAUCGUCAUUUGCAUAAUUUAUGUACAUUGCGUCCAUCUGCUGGUGAGCACGACAUAUAAAGCAUGUAAGCGAGGUAAAGUCCCAUUGAUGGGAUUCGCCGAGACAGUGCAUGACGUAUUUUUCAAUGGACCGGCAAAGGUGCAGCCACUUACGAAAUUAGUCACAGGCUACGUAGACGUAAUGAUUGUUAUCCAAAGUUGUUUAUCGUUUUGUUUAUAUCUCGUAUUUAUCGCCAAAUCACUGCGGGAUGUUAUCUAUAAUCAGCAGCAGUUCGAUUGGGAUACGCGUAUUUACCUGCUGCUGCUAUUGAUUCCUAUGAUGCUGAUCACGCAGAUUCGUGAACUGAAGUAUUUAGUUCUUUUUUCUGCAAUAGCAAACUUACUGAUUAUAGCCGCUAUAUGCAUUAUUUUGUACGUAAUCUUCAAUGAACCGCUAAUAUUCGUCAAUAGAAAAAUGUGGCCUCAGUGGAGCACAUUACCGUCCUUCGUGAGCACAGUGCUUUUUGCAAUCCAAGGAAUUCGAUAUGUUCUUCCAAUUGAAAACAAGAUGCAACACCCAGAACAUUUUCUUGGCUCAUUUGGAGUGCUGAAUAUUGCAAUUUCAUUACUGACAGUACUCUACACUAUUACUGGCUUCUUCGGCUACGUAAGUUAUGGAGAGAAGACUAAAGGAUCUGUUACACUUAAUUUGCCAGAAAAUAAGGCUAUUGCUGAAACAACGCGUCUACUGGCAGCGAUAGCCAUUCUGUUCACCAUGGGCUUAAGUUACUACGUCCCAAUGGAAAUAUUAUGGCAUCAUUUGCAGCCCAAAGUAUUGGCCAAGCGAGCCAACUUGGUUCAAAUUGUCCUUCGCUUUUCGGUCCUAGUUGCAUUGCUUGGGAUAGCCAUAGCCAUACCAGAAAUUGAGCCCUUCGUUGGAUUGGUGGGGUCGUUCGGUUCUGCAACAUUGGCGGUACUGAUUCCUGUUACCAUCGAUAUCAUUUUCCGGUGGCCAGCCGGCGAUUUUGGCAGGGCAAAGUGGCAAUUGGUGAAGAAUGUGGUUCUGCUUGUCUUUGGACUGUUCGUUAUGGUAUCAGGGACGUACUUUAGUAUUCUAGAUGUCGUAGCAAUCUAUAAGUAA